CUGCCACUCAAACGGACAUAUCCUCGGAGUCGAUGUUGAAAAGAGGAAUGUUAAAUAUAAGGGAAUGAAUGUUGUGUUAAUGUAUGUUCAUUAACAAUCUCACCAGUGCGUACUAAUUGAGCAGGAUGGCCGCUAACACAAACCUGUUCGCCGACAAGGAGACCAAUAAUUGGUUCAAAGCGUGCAUUGGACUCAAUGUGACGAAGCAAGGACUCACUAAUUUUCUUUGCACAGAAUUACAGAAACUACACACCGUUGUUGGUAGUAGUUGUGGAAAGUGCCCAAUUGAACAACUCAUACCAUGUCCAACAAACCCAUAUUGUAACAAGAAGAAACGGACUAAUUGUCCUUUUCACAAAUCACAGAAACCACAGCUAUGUCCAACAUGUGAUAAUGUAAAACAGAAAAUCAUAUUGCAACACAGAUAUGGUGCACCUUCCUGGAAGAACACUCAUGCGGAAAAGUGGACAUCAGACUAUUGGGAAAUAGGAAAAUGCUACCUCCCUACGGACGGAUAUAGUAGUAUUUCCUCGGUCCAGGAAUCGGACUUCAAUGGUGUGAUAAGCAUCAUAUUGAAUUGCCUACAUUUCCAGACAUGUCUCUCCACCUUAUGUUUAUCCCCUCCACCGCCCGAUAAGCAAUGUCCACUAGAAAAGGUCCGUCAGAUUGGCCGAGAUGUACGACACACAUCCGACUGCAAGGUUACAGAUGCUGACCUGCAGGACUAUUUCCAGACACUGAACGCGCUGCUGGCUGACGCACAAUACUUAAAACAUGAUCCUUCAGCCAUCAUAGCUUGUACAAGACUUAGUGAUUUGCAGAAUGAUCGUUUGUCCAUCGAAGAAGUGGGCAAGCUGUUGAAAGAAGCCAAUCACACUCUCGAAGAUGCAAAAAAGGCCGGCGAAUGUUUUUCUGAGAAGGCAGAAAGGACCUUGGCAAAAGCUCUGCAGAAAUUGGAUGUAACUACUCUGUUUGGGGAGCAACGACUUAAAAAGAAGACAGAGGUUGGAAAACAACGCCUUCAAAGCAAGACCAAACUUGGAGAACACCGCCUUGAACGAAAGACAACAUGUGGUGAACAACGCCUUGAAAGCAAGACAAAAUAUGGCGAACAAUGCCUUGAAAACAAGGCUUUCUUUGGGAAACAACGCCUUCAAAGAAAAACACAGCUUGGAGAAGAACGAAUUGAAAGCAAGACACAGUAUGGAGAACAACGCAUCGAAACAAGGAUUAACAAGGCAGUUCAAUGCCUUGAUAGCAAUGUAAAUGAUGGAACACAACGCAUCAAACUCAGUGUACAGCAUGGCAUUGAUCGCAUGCAACAGAAAGCAAAGAAAACUGCCCAAGCAAACUACGAACGAGACAUUGCAGAUCUUCGCCGUCGUUUAGUCGACCAUUACAAUGACACUACGAGCAAUGUGCCUCUUUCAGUAUUGGACCAGAGUCUUGAUAAACGUAUAACAGAUAUAUAUGAAACGCCGAAGAUUCACCGAAUUGAAAUAACAAAAGAUGGAAAACGCGUUAAAAAGGAGCAAGUACUGACAUACACAGAACUCUUUUGCUCAGACGAUAGAAAUCCAAAUCGACGUGUAUACUUACAAGGCGAGCCCGGCAGCGGCAAGUCCACGUUUGCAGCUCAAUUAGUUCAUAAUUGGUGCGACGGGAAUCGGCCUUCAACGGUAGCUCCAAACGAUCAUUCAUCCUUUGAUGACUUAUUAAUCAUUCAAAAUUUUCAGUUUAUGUUUUUCAUCGCGUUGAGAGAAUCGAGAGGUUCGACCGAUGUAACGCAUAUGAUAAAGAAACAACUUAUUGACACAUUGUAUUCAGAGGAAAAACGUGAUGAAAUGUACAAACUUCUACUCCAAAUUAUAGAGACGGAAGUGUGCCUGGUAGUGCGAGACGGUCUAGAUGAAUGGGUGGCACCUUACGGUAGUAACCUUGCUGAACCUUCUAUGGCGGGGUUUCCAAAUGACAAGUGCACGGUUCUUACAACAUCUCGACCAUGGAAACUGGCUGAGGAACGAAUCAAGAACUCACAGAUCGACAUUCUCGUAGAGAUCGAGGGGAUUAAUGACCCAGAUACAUUUUGUGAAAGGGUACUGCGAUGCAUACUUGACGAGAGCAAGGAUCUUAAGACAACGGCUUCUGAAAUUAGGAGCUUUAUAUCAGAUCUACGUUUCAAGACAUCACACAGGCAGGAUAUAGAGAAGCUGUUGCAAAUGUCCAAACUGGAAUUCUCCUCAGACUCAGUCACUUCGAAAUCAAUGAGAAUAACUUAA